AUGGGAGCCGAACUGAACUGCGCGCUGGCAGCCGGGUGGGCCACCCUCCAACACAGAGGAGCACCACAUCCGCGACCUGGAGAGAGAGUACCACGACGCAUGAUACAAGCAGGGGCAGACAUGAGGUCUGCCUGGCCUGUAAGUAUGGGCAUGUGGUGUAGUGGUGCUCGUGGAAGGCCUACAGCCCUAGGGUCGCGGAUGCGUGGGUUUGGGCUGGCCUCUGGUGUGUUUGGUGCAGGUGGGCCCGGCAGCAGCGGCAGUGGCGGCAGCGGCAGGAGUCUGAGGCCCCGGGAGAGACGCGACUGA